ACGUUCACCCGGCGCAACGCGUACGAAAGGUUUGGCGAAAGGUUUAUUUAUAGUUUGUUCGAAAAGAAAUGGCUGAUGGCGAAAAUUCGCCUAACGACGAAUCCAACAAAAUGACGAACUCUGGUGACAUGUAUCACUUAGGGCUCCGAAUCCUCUGCCUGUGUGGAAUGUGGUACACAAGCAGUCUGUUACAGAACGUCAUUAACAAACAUUUAUUUGGCGAGUUCCCGUACCCGGCGACCGUGUCGAUGUGCCACAUGCUCGCCGUGGCCGUCUUCCUAGCGCCCGUACUCAGGUUGUGGAAUGUCCCGCAACCGGAGGUGGUCAUCGAUAAAAGAGCUUUUUACAAACUGAUCAUCCCACUCGCAUUUGGCAAAUUCUUCGCAUCCGUGUCAGCUGAGUUUAGUAUUUUGAAAGUCUCCGUAUCAUUUGCACACACAGUGAAAGCAACGAUGCCAAUAUUUACAGUAAUGCUAUCAAGACUUGUAUUAAAAGAAAAGCAAACAACUAUGAUAUAUCUGUCUCUAAUCCCUAUUAUAUUCGGAGUGAUGGUUGCAACGUUAACAGAAGCUUCAUUUGAUAACAUGGGUCUUGCCAUGGCACUUGUAGCUACAAUCACGUUCGCUCUUCAAAAUGUUUAUUCAAAAAAGGCACUUAGAGAUAUAGGAAUUCAUCAUCUACGACUCCUGCUAAUCAUCGGCCAGCUAGCCACUGUGAUGCUCCUUCCAAUAUGGGUAGUCGUAGACUUAAGAAGAAUACUCACCGAUACUGAAAUGCUUCAAAGAUUGAACUGGGUCUGGGUGCUGUCUCUUCUUGUCACCAGCGGUUUCUUCAACUUCCUCCAGAACAUCUUUGCCUUCAGCGUCCUCAAUCUCAUCACGCCUCUCAGCUACUCUAUCGCCAAUGCGUCCAAGAGGAUCUUUGUCAUCAUGCUGUCACUGCUCAUGCUCCGUAACCCCGUGACCCUGGUCAACAUCCUCGGGAUGCUGACAGCAAUAUUAGGUGUUCUGUUGUACAAUAUGGCUAAGUAUCGUUCCAAUAUGCAGAAGCACAAGCCCUACCUGCCGAUGGUUGCGUCAGAUUUACUGGACGGACGUUUGAUCAGCAAUCCUGAGAGCACGCGCAACGGCCAUCCACCGCAGUACAACGUUUGAGUUUCUGUAUGACUACUUCAAGAAAUUGGAAACUGGAGUAAGUGGUUUAUUUUAAGGAACAUUACAGAAUUGGUUUUUGCUAACAAAACAGUUGCUGGCAGUGUAAGCACUUUAUGUAAUCCACUAUAUACAUAAUUUGAAAAACCUGAGAUUUGAGAUUGAUCAGUCAUAUGGGCCGUGGGUCAUGAGAAAAUCACCGAUUACACAUUUUUGCAUGACAUCGAUUACAAAAAAUAAAACGCUUACUGAGCGGUAAACCUCAGACGGGAAUUAAGUUUUAUUUAUUUUUCAUCAAAUAUAACAUUUCAGACAGAAAUAAUUUAAGGGAUGUUUUUUUUACUACCA